CAAACUGAAAAAGCUAAGUGAAGAUAGUUUAACUAAGCAGCCUGAAGAAGUCUUUGAUGUUCUGGAGAAACUUGGUGAAGGGUCUUAUGGUAGCGUGUUUAAAGCAAUACACAAAGAAUCUGGACAAGUUGUAGCAAUUAAACAGGUCCCUGUGGAGUCAGAUCUUCAAGAAAUAAUUAAAGAAAUCUCUAUAAUGCAACAAUGUGACAGCCCCUAUGUUGUCAAGUACUAUGGCAGCUAUUUCAAGAACACAGAUCUAUGGAUUGUUAUGGAAUAUUGUGGAGCUGGCUCUGUUUCGGACAUCAUUAGACUUCGUAAUAAAACUCUAACAGAAGAUGAAAUUGCAACUAUUCUGAAAUCUACUCUCAAAGGACUUGAAUACUUGCACUUUAUGAGAAAAAUACAUAGAGAUAUAAAGGCUGGAAAUAUCCUUCUUAAUACUGAGGGACAUGCAAAGUUAGCUGACUUUGGUGUGGCUGGCCAGUUAACAGAUACAAUGGCAAAACGUAAUACUGUUAUAGGAACUCCGUUUUGGAUGGCUCCUGAAGUAAUACAAGAAAUUGGCUAUAACUGCGUGGCAGACAUUUGGUCCCUUGGUAUCACUUCAAUAGAAAUGGCUGAAGGAAAACCUCCGUAUGCAGAUAUUCAUCCAAUGAGG